UGGCCACAGUAAUACAUCGCGUGGAGUUCAGUGCAGAAGCCCAAGGAUUUAAGGAUAUACAGCCCAACUAGACAGCACAACUAUGCAAUUCACAGCUCUCGCCAUAGCAGUUGUACUGCUGAUCAGUGUGGUCCAAGCUAGGCCCCAAGGAGACCAGAUUCCCAUCAUCAGGCAGGAGCAGGAGGUCAACUUCGAUGGCUCCUACAAGUACUCCUACGAGACGGGCAACGGGAUCAACGCCGAGGAGGAGGGCUACCUCAAGAACCCGGGCACCGACAACGCCGGCCAGGUCGCACAGGGCUCCUUCAUGUACACUUCGCCCGAGGGCAUACCCAUCCGGAUAACCUAUCUGGCGGACGAGAAUGGUUUCCAGCCGCAGGGAGAUCACCUGCCCACCCCGCCUCCCAUUCCGCCUGCGAUUCAAAAGGCACUCGCCUACCUGGCCACCGCGCCGCCUCCGCCCCAAGAGCAGCCAAGUGGCGGCGGGUUCAACAACCGACGGGGCUAAUGGACCCCCAUCCAGAUAUUUCUAUUACCACUCACUCCAUUCAUUUAAAAAAACAUUUGCGAAUCAACAAUAAAACUGGCCAUACCACAACAA